CAUUUGGGAGAAGCUAUUCCCAGCUCAAGCUUAUAUCGGGUCCAGCUGUAUGCAGGGAGGUGCCGCUUACAUUGCGCACCAACACCGACAGCGUGGUGUUCUAGAAGGCGGGGCAUAUCGAUAAGAGGUGGGGAAAUAGCAACAGGAGGUGGGGAAUUGCGGGGAAUUGAGGAUGCCGAGACCCCUGACAGCAAUCAUUUACAUGGCCCGUGCUCCACUUGGCGCGGGCAGGGGGUGACGAAAAGCUGCAGAGAACAUCCCGCAAACAGAAUUGUGGUCUGUGUCCCUUCCUCAUCGACGUCGAGCCAAAUUUACCUUAGCAAUCCACCACAAGGAACGGCAACGAAGCUUCAAGUCGAGGUCCGCGUGUACUCUUUCGACCCUGCGAUUGCGCGUCUUUGGGACCCUAUAACGGGCGCGACUGCCGGCAUCUUGUCGCGAAAGCUUGCUGAUAAAAACCCUGGGCCGGCAACUUAAUAAGCAGCUCAUAUUUUGUUUUGUUUUCUUUCUGCCACUUUCCGCAACCUACCGCAGCGACCGAUCUUUAAUCAUACCACCUCGACCCGGUCCCGCAACCUCGACAACCUCCUCCAUCCAUUUUAUCGCAAUCACACCUGGAAUCCUCUGCUUUGGAGGAUAUGGCUGAACCAAUCUCUGAGCAGCAGGUCAUCGACCUUACCAAUAUCCUGCGCACCGACGCCCCUAUCGACACCAAGAUUCAACACAUCAACGUAGCCAAGUCCUGCAUCAAGUCGCACUACAUCCCCGAGCCAUGUAUCGCGCCACUAUUCGACGCCCUCCGAUCUGCGUCCAGCUCUCAACAUGGCGUUCUCGUUAAUGCUGGGUUUGGCACCUUCAACCAUCUCCUCACCCGACUGAGAAAGCAAGAUCCCAAGGGCCUGUCGAAGGAGGUUGCGCGCACAGGGACAUUGCCGCUGCUGGCUGAGAAACUGGGCGAUCAUAAAGAUAAGAUUCGAUAUAUCGCGACACAGGCUCUUGUCACGAUAUACAAGGUGGCGCCUGAACAAGUCGAGCGCGCAGUACGCAACUUGGCCAUGACCGGGAAGAACCCAAGGGCAAAGGAGUCAAGCUUGCACUGGCUCCUUCAGAUGCACCAGGAGAGUAGCAUGCCGUUUAGGAGCUAUGUGCCAUCUUUGAUGGAUUUGCUCGAGGACGCGGAUGCCACUGUUCGCGACACUGCCAAGACCACUGUCAUCGAAUUGUUCAGAAACGCCCCCAAUACGGCCAAAUCGGACCUUAAGAGGCAGUUGAAGAAUUGCAAAGUUCGACCAGCUAUCGAGCAAGCGAUCGUAAAAGAGCUCAUCCCUACCGGUUCUGUGUCAGCCUCACAAGCAGAUUCGAUAGACGAGCAUCACCCCCGUCCUGCUUCUCGCCCAGCCUCUCGUGCAGCCCUCUCAGCCAGCGCAUCCUCCCAUGCCAUCGACCGCCCGAUUACUCCAGCUCCCGAUAGCUCCAAGACCUCGGACCCGGUGGAGCCGUCAUACGUCAACACGAAGAGCGAGCUGGACGAGAUACUACGAGACAUGCACGCCCAUUUCGAAGGCAGGGAGACAGAGCAGAAUUGGAUGGAGCGAGAAAAGAACGUGAUUAAGCUUCGCAAACUUGUCGCUGGCAAUGCUCCGCAAGACUUCACUGAACGAUUCCUUGAUGGGCUUCGGGCACUCUUGGACGGGAUGAUCAAGGCCGUUACCUCGCUAAGAACGAGCCUGUGCACCCAUGGAUGCAAUCUUAUUCAGGAUUUGGCGAGGGCGUUUGGCUCAGGAAUCGAUCCUAUGGUGGAGAUACUCAUGCAAACGUUCAUCAAGCUUGCCGCCUCGACCAAGAAACUGGCCAGUCAGCAAGCAAACAUGACGGUCGAUGCCAUCAUCUCCAAUGUUACAACGACACCAAGAAUAAUGCAACAUAUCUGGUUUGCGACUCAGGACAAGAACGUCCAGCCAAGACUCUACGCUUGCGGGUGGCUUCAGACCAUCUUGGUCAAGGAAGCACAUCAUAAGCAUCAUGUGGAACAUACGGGAGGCCUGGAGGUCAUUGAGAAGUGCAUCAAGAAGGGUCUCGGGGAUGCUAACCCAGGAGUAAGAGAGAAGGCUCGCGCGACGUUCUGGAAGUUCAAUGCCAUCUGGCCUGUGAGGGCAGAGGUUAUCAUGGAUGGGCUCGACGCAACAGCGCAAAAGCUCUUGAGAAACGACGCCAACAAUCCCAACCCUGUCAAGCGACAGCCAGUCGCAGGCGGAGCUCGACCAGGACUCGGUUUGUCUAAGAGUACAAUGGAGGCACCAAAACCGAGCAUUCGCGACGCGAUCAUGGCCAAAAAGAAGGCUAUGGCGGGGACUUCCACCAAGAACCCCCCCACACGGCCUGGUUCGGCCAUGGCACAUUUCUCACCGGUCAGAACGGCCACAGGAUCCUCUGAAGCUCUCGCAGCAACAGCACCCAAGCCAAUGGCUAUCCGCACGCGACCCGAGCCAACCACUGGUGGACUUUCUGGUGCACCCAUGAGACCCGGGCGUAAGAGACCCGAGGUUGCUCCUAGGCCAGCAACUGCAGGACCCUACUCGGUACGAAGUCACGACCAAGCCUCCAGCGAGCAAACCAGCCCGCCGGAUUCCCGAAGGCCAAAGUCAGUAAUUACCCCAAAAUCCAUAUCAUCCUCUCCAAAACGGACACUCCCUAAGCCGACCCGUCCGAAUCAGCCCGAGUCGAAUCUUCCAACACCCGCCAGAGCAGGAACUCCCAAAUUUGCAUCGCUGCGCAAUACGCCUUCCAGGAUUGGUCAACCCCUAUUCAGUAGCCCGAGAGCAAGUACAGUGGACUUGAGUGUACCUACGAUAUCCGUGGCCAAACACUCACCACCCCAUGAUAGACAUUAUGAGCCAAGCCCCCUAGAGUCUGUGGAAACCCUUCCCAGUUUGUCGGAUACACCCUCUCGGACAAGAGAGGAGUUUGCAGUCCCGUCUGUCGAUGAUCACGAAGAGAUUGAGCUCCCUCUUCCCACAUCAAAACCACCUAGCCCCGCCCCUCAGAUCGUCGAGCCAGUUUCCACCACCACGAGCCCGACUACCCUAAAGGUGUAUGAGGACCCUUUCACGGCGGAACAAUCUCCGCCAAAACCCACCUUUGAGGCACCCGUGUUGGAGGACAAGCCGGUCAACGAAGACGCGGCUACACUGCUCCGCCCGGCCCCGGUCAUUGUCAGCACCGGCGAGAAUGGCGACAUCAGUAAGGGCAGUGUCAUGUCCCCCGAGAAACUCAAGCAAAACUCGCGGUUGCUGGAGAGCGGAAUUACUAAGGUCAAGGCCAAGGCUCUGGACGUGCACGGAUUCCGCAAGUUGCAAUCCAUCAUCAGGGACAGCAACAACCACAAGGGCUUGAUCACCGAUGAGAAAUUUGAUGCCCUGCUGAUUGGGCUGUUUGAGUACCUCGAGUCGCCUCUGCCGAACCUUGCGCCGGAAAAGGUGCAGGAUGUCAAGGCUCAAGUGCUGGCCACGAUCAAGGUUAUGCUCAAGAAGAUGAGAGCGAGGUUUCAGCCUCACGUCUCACGGGGAUUGGAGAGUUUGCUCAGGGCGAGGUCGUGUUACGACGGGAGGACACACAUGGUUAGUGGGUUGGAGUUGCUGGCCGGUGAGCUGGUCAUGUUGGGGGAUGCGGGGGAGAUUGUGAUGGUGUUAACGAGGAUGAUGCAGGGGUUGAAUGUGGAUGACGCGGAGAGGGAUAGUAGGGUUGUGAGCAUGGGCUUGCAUGUGCUGAAGGAGAUGAUGGAGCAGAGGGGGGAGGGGUAUGUGCCUAGUGAGGGGGAGCUGGAGGCGCUGGCGGGGCUGGCGGCGAAGUGUCUGGAGAGUGUGGAGAGCGCGGUGAGGAUGGAUGCGGUGUUGCUUUGUGUGGUGAUGCAUGCGAGGAUUGGGGAGGGGAGGUUUUGGGAGGCGGUUAAGGGAGUUAGGGAGGAUCCGAAGAGUUUGAUUACUUAUUAUAUUGUUAGGAGGCAGAGGGAGGGGAGUAUGAGUGCUAGUGCUGCUUAG